GUUGCCAGAAGUGUGUGACAGUGAGUGAGUUGGAAUGGAAAUGGUAGAGUUGCGAAGAUGAAGAACACCAACGACGACGUUUCCGCACAAGAUCUCGACCCUCAAAGCGAUCACAGCUCCGAUUACUUAGCACACUCUCACCAAUUGUCUCAGCCGCAGCCUCGCCGCCCCCGCGGCUUCGCCGCGGCGGCAGCGGGGGUCAAUUCCGCCGGAAAGGGGAAGAAGGAGAGGGAGAAAGAAAAGGAGCGGACGAAGCUCCGGGAGCGGCACCGCCGUGCCAUCACUAGCCGCAUGCUCGCCGGACUCCGUCAGUAUGGCAAUUUCCCUCUGCCGGCGCGUGCGGACAUGAACGACGUGCUCGCUGCUCUCGCGCGUGAGGCUGGUUGGGUCGUCGACGCCGAUGGCACCACCUAUCGCCAGUGUCCCCCUCCUUCUCACAUGGGAUCAUUUGCCGCAGCGAGGUCAGUCGAAACUCAACUCUCUGCUGGUUCCUUGAGAGCUUGCUCCGUUAAGGAAACGUUAGAGAAUCAGCCGCCAGUUCUUAGAAUUGAUGAAUGCUUGUCGCCUGCGUCCAUUGAUUCUGUUGUACUUGCAGAAAGGGACUCGAAGAGUAGGAAGUUCGCGAGUGCGAGCCCCAUCGAUUCAGUUGACUGCUUGGAAGCUGAUCAGCUUAUGCAAGUUAUGCAUACUGGGGUGCAUGAAAAUGACUUUACUGGCACGCCAUACGUUCCUGUUUACAUAAAGCUUCCAGUUGGUAUUAUCAACAAAUUUUGUCAGUUGAUUGAUCCUGAAGGCAUUAGACAGGAGCUAAUCCAUAUUAAGUCUUUAAAUAUAGACGGUGUUGUUGUGGAUUGUUGGUGGGGCAUUGUUGAAGGCUGGAGCCCUCAGAAAUAUGUGUGGUCUGGUUAUAGGGAGCUAUUUAACAUUAUAAGAGAAUUCAAGCUGAAUUUACAGGUUGUUAUGGCAUUCCAUGAAUGUGGAGGGAGUGAUUCUAGUGAUGCAUUGAUUUCCCUCCCGCAAUGGGUUUUGGAUAUUGGAAAAGACAACCAAGAUAUAUUCUUCACGGAUCGUGAAGGACGGAGGAAUACUGAAUGCCUAUCUUGGGGAAUUGACAAAGAACGGGUUCUCAAAGGCAGAACUGGAAUUGAGGUCUAUUUUGAUAUGAUGAGAAGCUUCCGUACUGAGUUUGAUGACCUAUUUGCCGAAGGUCUGAUUUCUUCAGUAGAAAUUGGACUAGGAGCAUCUGGGGAGCUGAAAUACCCUUCUUUUUCAGAAAGAAUGGGAUGGAGGUAUCCUGGUAUCGGUGAGUUUCAGUGCUAUGAUAAAUACCUGCAACACAGUCUACGCAGAGCUGCCAAAUUACGUGGUCACUCUUUCUGGGCUAGAGGGCCGGAUAAUGCUGGACACUACAACUCUAUGCCGCAUGAAACUGGAUUCUUUUGCGAGCGAGGUGAUUAUGACAACUAUUAUGGACGCUUCUUCUUGCAUUGGUACUCCCAGACAUUAGUAGACCAUGCGGAUAAUGUUUUGUCUCUUGCAAGCCUUGCUUUUGAGGAAACACAAAUAAUUGUUAAGGUUCCUGCAGUAUACUGGUGGUAUAAGACACCUAGUCAUGCAGCAGAGUUGACAGCAGGAUAUCACAACCCCACAAAUCAGGAUGGGUAUUCGCCUGUGUUUGAGGUUCUGAAAAAACAUGCCGUCACGAUGAAAUUUGUCUGCUUAGGAUUUCAUCUUUCCAGCCAGGAAGCUAAUGAAUCAUUGGUUGAUCCUGAGGGUUUGAGUUGGCAAGUAUUAAACUCAGCUUGGGAUCGGGGGUUGAUUGCCGCCGGAGAGAAUGCACUCCUUUGCUAUGAUAGAGAAGGGCACAAGAGAUUAGUUGAGAUGGCAAAGCCCAGAAAUGAUCCAGAUCGCCGGCACUUCUCAUUCUUUGUGUAUCAGCAACCGUCUUUGCUUCAGGGAAAUCCUUGCUUGUCAGAAUUGGAUUUCUUCAUCAAAUGCAUGCAUGCUAUCCUUGCAGGUGAAAUGACAGGGGAUUUGUAAUGGUCGCAAAUUUUACUUUUUAACCAUAGGCCAUUUUAUGUCGUGUAAUUACCCUCUUGUUGCUGAAUAGGGAUAUGUUCGAAAAUAUCUAGUUGUCUCAUCUUAUGAUAGUGCAAUGUCAACUGUAACAAUUAUAUAGUAUCUAUAGGCUUCAAUAUAUUAGAUCAGAGCAUUUGCAAGCUUGGUAAAGCUGGAAUAAGUUAUAUGUAUUAUCAGAGAAAAAAAAUCAUUCCAAUUCAAUUCUAUCUUGAUAUAAAAUUGAUAAAUAUUUGAUAUCA